CAACAACAUUGUGUUAGAGAAGAAAAUGCACACCUAAUGUUUAUGGUUUGGCUUUGUUUUCAAGAUGAUUGAAGAUUUCAAGAAUUUGCCCACGGGAAGUUAUGUUUCAAGAAAAUGAAGACGAAAUCAUGAAAGCUUCCAGCUCUUGUUCUGAUGGUUCUUCAUGUCGGCACAUGUUUGCCUCCGUUGUCAGAGCGAAGAAGCCAGGCCUACAUGUCAAAAAUCGACACUGGUUUCACAUACUUCUGCUGGUCGUCCUAUUGGCAGCACAGGCUUCCUGUAAUGAGACCUCUGCUGCUCCUUCCCCUUUUUCCAUUACUACAACAAAUGCACAGACGUCAGUAUUCUACUAUGUUGUUGUCACUGUGGAUGUCAAUGGACAGAAGAAUGAAUCAGAAAUCAUUGCCUGGCUUAGCCUGGUGUUCCAAAACGAGCUGCAGAGCUGCGUGUCUCCAAACCAUGAAGAAACAACUGCCAGCCCUACCUCUCCACAAACUACAUCUGCAAGUACUUCAAAUGAGACGACGCUCAUGACGACAGCAACAACUACACCUGCAACAACACCAGUGUUAGAAAUCACCAACACAACUACACCUGCAACAACACCAGUGUUAGAAAGCACCAACACAACUACACCUGCAACAACACGAGCAUUACAAAGCACCUCCACAACUACACCUACAACAACACCAGUGUUAGAAAGCACCUCGACAACUACACCGGCAACAACAACGUUAAAAAGCACCACC